AUGGGGUUCCAAAACUUGGUAUUGACAUAUUUUAUGUUGGUAAUGGUUGUUGAUCAAUUUGGGAAUUGCAAAGUUACCAUUGGUCCUCAUAAUCACUCAUACAAACACUUAGCCACCAAAAUGAUUGAGGAUCGUGGUUUUAUUCAACGAAAUGGCACCCGUUUUGUUCUAAAUGGAAAGCCACACUACUUAAAUGGGUUCAAUGCCUAUUGGUUGAUGAUUAUGGCAUCUGAGGCAUCUACAAUGUCCAAGGUUACUACAAUCUUUCAAGAAGCUUCCCUGCACGGUUUAAACGUAGCAAGAACCUGGGCCUUCAACGAUAGAGGUUACAAAGCCCUUCAGAUUUCUCCAGGUUCUUAUGAUGAAAAUGUCUUCAAGGGUUUGGAUUUUGUGAUAUCAGAAGCAGGGAGAUGUGGGGUGCGACUGAUACUAGUCUUAGUUAACAACUGGAAGAAUUUGGGUGGGAAGAGUCAGUAUGUGGAAUGGGCAAGGGAACGUGGCCAGCAAGUAAAAAACGAUGAUGAAUUCUUCACACACCCCAUUAUUAAGCAAUACUACAAAAAUCAUGUCAAGACUGUCUUGACAAGAAAGAACACUAUAACUGGACUAGCAUAUAAGGACGACCCCACCAUUUUCUCAUGGGAGCUUAUCAAUGAACCUCGUUCCCAGAAUGACUCUUCAGGGAAAUCAUUUCAGGAUUGGGUGAGCGAAAUGGCUGCUUAUGUGAAGUCCAUUGAUAACAAUCAUUUACUAGAAGUAGGAAUUGAAGGAUUUUAUGGCGAAUCAAUGCCAGAAAAGAAGCAGUUUAAUGCUGGAAAUCAAGUUGGAACUGAUUUCAUUUCCAACAAUCAAGUUCCCGAAAUCGAUUUCGCCGCCAUCCAUCUCUACCCUUAUCAAUGGGUGUCGAGCUCUGACGAAGCGGCUCAAAAUGCUUUUGUUAACAAAUGGGUAAAAGCUCAUAUUCAGGACUCAAAUGAUAUUUUAGGAAAGCCCAUUCUUCUUACUGAGUUUGGAAAGUCCUCAAGGUUAUCAGGGUACAGUGUGGAUAAAAGGAAUAAUUACUAUAGGAAACUGUACAAUAUCAUAUACAGUAGCGCUAGCAAUGGAGGCCCAUGUGCUGGUGGGCUCUUUUGGCAACUACUGGCCCAAGGAAUGAAUGACACUCGUGAUGGCUAUGAAGUCAUUUUCGAGGAAAGUCCUUCAACUACUAAUGUCAUCACCCAACAAUCUUGGAGGCUGUCAAAGCUUGAAUAG